CGGACCCGGCUCUGGAGGACUCGGGGGUCCGUGAGCCGUUAUGGACUGUUGUUGUUGUUGUUGUUGUUGUUGUUGUUAUUAUUAUUAUUAUUAUUAUUAUUAUUAUUAUUAUUAUUAUUAUUAUUAUUAUUUAGGGGCUGUGUCGUCUACUGUUCGGUCCACAGUUGAAUGUGUAGUGUGUGUUUGCGUGUGGGUUUGCUUCUCCCUCUCUCUCUCCCUGGUCCUCGGGCUGUUCACAGAAGUGCACGCCGUGGGAGGGGCGUGUCCUGGCGACUGUCGUCAUUGGGAGUCCCUCUUCACUGUUACCGGCCCACCUGCAGCUGAUUACCUGACCAGCUGUUGGUAAUCAUCCCUCCCUGCUGGAGAGAGGUAUUUAACCUGGACUCGCGGCGACAGUCGACGUGGGAUUAUUACUCCGAACUGGUAUAGUCCGUGCGAGCAGCGUGAGCGUGUUUGUCGGCUAGCGUGUGGCUAAUUGUGGACUCUCUGUCUUCCUCCAGGAUAGCCGAGCGGAGAAGCGAGUUGGGGAGCACACGCACUAAGGGAGCUACAGCACGGGACGCACUGGGAGCAGGAGACGAGCACCAUUGGAAUAUUGCACCUUUGAGUUUAUUGUUGGACUUACCUGUCUGGUCACUGUAAAUAAAGUGCACUGUGGCAUCGAAGAGUCCCGCGUUUUGGGUCCUACUUUCCUCGUCCCCACGGUCUGCAUGGCAGACCGUGACAGAAUAAUCCCACCAACCACCAUGGACCCAGCAGACUCAAGAGUUGCCACGGAGGAGGGAUCGCUCACACAGCUGUGGGGUUACUGCCAGAGCGUAACCCAGGCUGUGGAUCCACACAUGAGACACAUACAGGUAGUGUUUUUUGAUAAUUAUCUUUCCUCCACUACCUUCUCUACGAGCUUUCUGGAUAUUGAUAAACUCAUUCAAAUUAUAACUGAGCUGCGGGCAAGCUCCAGCUUCGAACUGUUUGGUUUGGGCUGUCCGGGCAAGGAGGAUGCGGCUGCCUCCCUGGCAGCCCUUGCUGCUUGGUUUUUUCUUCAUAGGUGGAGAGUUUUUCCACCACCGCUUGCUGCUCACCUAUUGGACCCUCCACUGCAGGGAAGACGGCGCCCUGCUCCAUCUCCUCUCGUUCCUUCAGCGUCCUCUGUGUCGGCAGACAAAGGAUCGGCAGCGCUGGUAACCACAGUGAGUAAACCGGACUCUGUCUCCUUACUUAAUCCAGUCUCUCACGAGCAGGAGGGGACAGAUUCCUUUGACGCGGCCCCGCCAUCACGAAAGAGACGGCGUCGGCGUCAUCUUCGUCAAAUCGAAGCUCACCUCACUCCUGUGGUUUCGGAGGAACCAGCUGACUCAGGACUAGCCGCACAAGGAGCCGCAGUGAGUGAGACGGACUCUGAUGUUGGUAAAGACGUUUUUGUUAUGAAACCAGAGAUGGCUUCGUCUAAACCUAGGAACAGUGCCCAGUCAGUUAAUAAUAAAACUGGGCUCGCAAUGGAGGAUAAGCUUAAAGGGUCUGCGUUGCCAGAAAGUGGAGGCGGGCCGGAAGCUAAUUCUGGGUCAUUUCUUAAUGUAAGGAGUAGUGAUGGCUGCUUUUCUGGGGCUGGAUGCGGAGCCUUAGUUUCUGAGCCAGUUAGCUCUGGGACGGUGAACUCUGAAGGCGCUGGUGCGGCAGCUAAAUGGACAGAGGCUGUUAAUUCAGAGUUACUGCACUGUGCUAAUAUGCAUCCUGAAACUGUUUUUGUGACUGUUGAUUUGUUAAAGGACCCGGUGCUAGAACAUGAACCUGCCACUACAGGCAAUCAGGAGGCUGGGAUUCUCCCCAAGGCCUCCCCAGAGGCCGAACUGGAGACCUCAGUUGCCUCUGGCUCCCUGGACAUUGUAGAGCCCGCGGUAACAUGUUCCUCCUCUCUACCCUUCAUGUUAGCCAUAUCAUCCUCGACUCAGUCUGCUGCCCAGCACGUAACUCAGUCUGCUGCCCAGCACAUAACUCAGUCUUUAGUCCAGUCAACCUCUCAUCUUCAUCCUCAGUUGGAGGCCGGUAUGCCUGCUGGACCAACUCUGCCAUCUUUUCACCCGUCUGUUGUUCCUGCAUCGCUGCCCAGUCUACCACGAGUAGCUGCCACACCAUCGUCACCUCCGCCCUCUGCAGCUACUUCUCCACCAGCGUCUCAUCAGACUGCAGCGACCGCAGCACUCUCGGCUUCACCAUCCACAUCACCCGCUCGACCAUCAUCUUCACCGCCUGCAGCUACCGCAUCACCAUCUUCGCCUCCGGAUCAACCAUCUAAGCCCGCGUCGCAGCCGGAGGAGCAGCUCAGCGAGCGGGGGGAGCCCGCGUCGCAGCCGGAGGAGCAGCUCAGCGAGCGGGGGGAGCCCGCGUCGCAGCCGGAGGAGCAGCUCAGCGAGCGGGGGAGCCCGCGUCGCAGCCGGAGGAGCAGCUCAGCGAGCGGGGGGAGCCCGCGUCGCCAGCGGUGGAGCUCAGUGAGCCGGAGGAGCUCAGCGAGCCCGAGCUGGAGCUCAGCGAGCGGGAGGAGCCCGCGUCGCCAGCGGUGGAGCUCAGUGAGCCGGAGGAGCUCAGCGAGCCCGAGCUGGAGCUCAGCGAGUGGGAGGAGCGGCCACCAUCAAGAGAGGGGCUCGGCGGGCCGGAGAAGCGCGCACCGCCAUCGGAGGUCGACGUGCAGGAUGCAUCUUUACAUCCACGCCUUCCACGUCCAGCGCGCCGUCCACGCCGUCCACGUCCAGCGCGCCGUCCACGCCGUCCACGUCCAGCGCGCCGUCCACGCCGUCCACGUCCAGCGCGCCGUCCACGUCCAGCGCGCCGUCCACGCCGUCCACGUCCAGCGCGCCGUCCACGUCCAGCGCGUCGGGGAUCCUGGGCCUUUCAACUCUGUCGGCCGCCGGAGCUGCAACACCGCCGCCACCGGACCCGUGGCAGGCCACCGGAGCUGUCACACUGCCGCUACAAGACCCGUGGAGGGCCACCGGAACCGUUUCGCCGUUGCUGCCGGACCCAUGGCCGUCCGCCGGAGGUCCAGCGUUCCCUCCGAUGGACUAGAGGUAGGCCUCCGGAACUGUUUUCUGCCUCUGCCUACCUACAGCAGAUCUCACCUGUUUUGCCGCCCACCGGGUCGGUUGCCAGAACUAUGUCCGCUGCCAUUAGGGCUGGGGUUGGACUAAUGAACUGAGGUGUUCUUUUUUUGUUGUUUAGUGGAGUUGUUGGAGUGGUUUUGGGGCCCUCCGUCCUG